AUGCCACAUUCACAGACCCAAUCACAACAUCACGGCAGCCCACUCUACGCCCUCACGACGCUGAGUAUGGAUCCAACUAGUGCCUACUUUAUGGACAACGGAAUGGAACUAUUGGAUUCUUUUCAGCAGUCGGUCUGGUUGAGCGUCCACAACGUCCACCACAGUCAGCUUCUCGACCCCUCGGUCACGGGACAACCUCUUGACGAGCAGUUUGAGGAUGGUAACGAGGUCCCCGCGGGGAACAUGCUUGAGAGCUCAAACACUCACGAAAAUUUGAGCCUCAACAGAGAUCUAAACCAGCAGGAGUUGGCCCUGCCUAGUCAACUUUACUCACCAGCAACCACCAAUACUUUUAGCGCGCUACAGUCGAUGGGUGGUCUCGGACAACAGGAUAAUUUGGACGGUGUACAUGUCCCGAGCAGCCACGACCAGGGUGAAUUUUCCACUGCCAGCUUUGUUGAGAACAAUACAGUCCCAGCAGCGCCAUACGAAGAGAGCCUUCUAUUCGCGGGAACCAUUUCCACCAGCAUUGGGAACCACUCAGGCAACCCCGAGCAUCAAAACAGUCUCCAUUCAGUGCAAGAUGCCGCUGAAAUCCACCAAGCGCGGAGGAGUAGACACGACGUUGCCUCUGCUCAAACCACCCGGGCAGGUCGGAAGGCAGCCAAGUACCGCACAAGCAAGGGACAUUCAUCCCGGACUUUUCAGGGGCUGUUUAAUAAUGAAACAGCCGUUAAACAGCGACUGGAAGCCAUGCUACAGCAGCAUCGAAAGGAAACCUUGGGCUGUACAUCCCCAGACAACGACAGUACCUUUCCUCAAUCGGAUGACGAGUAUCAGGAAAAAGUUCGCAGAGUGUUUGAUGCCAUCUGCGACUGGUCUUACAUUUUGGAGUGGAGAGCUGUGUUGCCCAAGAACGAAGAAGACGACAUCAUUACGCGAUUGAUACAGGCAAGGUCGGACGCCCAGCAGCAGCAUAUAUUGACUGAGACUUUACUGGAAAACUUCACACCUACAAAGGAGGAACUUGCUAGCAUACUACCACCCGUGGAAAAUCAACAGCAGAAGGUGCUGCGUCAAAUUCCUGAUGACGAGACCAUUGAAAUGAUUUCAUGGGGCAUUGUGGCCGCGGCUAUCAAAUCACAGCAAGGCGACACCCAAGACUCAAAGCAAGUUGUCAAAUCCCUUCUUACUCUGGGUGACGCAUGGAAGAUACGAAUUGUCAACCAUCCGCGUAAAGAGCUCAAGACCAAACGUGUUAACUCGAAAGGCAACUCUGCCAAAGCCAAACUCCUCAAACAGUCUGGGAGGUCUGGCAACGUUAUUCAAGAGCCAUGA